AGAGACGCAAUUGCAAAUUGUGUCCAUCGAGAUUCGAGGGGGAUGCAAAAAAAAAAAAUAUAAUAACAAUUAAAAAAAAAAAAGCCGGUGCUUAGACUAUUCUUCAAAAGCUUGAAAAAAUAAAAAACAAAAUCUAACAAUUGUCAUAAAUCAGUCAUUUAUUUGUUUAUUCAUUUCGAUUUGAAUAAACAAUUUUCCAGUAUGGAGGACAAUGCAGAAAUACAAAGUACUUCUAAAAAGCAAGAAAAAAAAAAACAAGAUCCAAGAACUAAAAAACUACAUGUUUGUAGUAUUCCAAAAAAUGCAACAAAACAUGAUUUGAAAAAAGUUUUAUCAGCUUAUGGAGAUGUUACCUGUAAGUUUAUAAAUAAAGAUUCACCAGGAAUAUUUUCCUUUGUCACAUUUACCAAUGUUGAAGAUGCUGAAAAAGCUGUUAUGGCAAGUCAAAAAAAAGAAAUAAUACUUUCAGGAAAAAAAUUGGUUUUAAGUUAUUACAGAACAAAAAGAAUGAAUGCUAAAUAUAAAAAUGAAAAAAAAUAUAAGAAAAAUUUACUUAAAAAAUUACAAAAUAAAGCUGAUGAAGAAGAAAUAACUGGUGAUGCUAUUAUUGACAUACUUGAUGAUGAUUGUUUAUCAAAAAUAUUCACGUAUCUUCCAAUUGACAAGAGGCUUGAAAUUGAAGAUGUUUGUACAAGAUGGAAAGAUGUGGGUGAACAACAAGCUUGGCAUGACAUAAAAACUCUGACAUUUCCAAAGCCAUCUGAUGAAAUACAAAAAACACAAAAGCCAUAUUUUAAUAAACUCAUUAAAAGAUGUGGUCGUUAUUUAACAACAUUAAAAUUAAAUACAUAUUGCAGUUCAUUUUUGUUAUCAGUACGUAAAUAUUGUUAUAAUUUACAAACAUUACAAGUUGAAUUUUUACAAUGUUCACCACGUCAUUUUUUUAAUGCAUUCAAUCACAUGGAUAAACUUGAACAAUUUGAAAUUAAAAAUAUCAAAAAUGAAUCAUCAAGUGAUUGUUUAUCAAGUCUUCCAUCAACAAUACAAAAAAUUCACAUGUCAAUGGUACAAUGUGAUUCAAUAUUUGGUUCAAAACAUAAAUUUCUACCACGUAAUACAGCAGCAACAUUAUCGAAAUUUACAGCUUUAAAAUCAUUAACACUAAAUGGUUAUGUAUUUAAAAAAAAUGUAUCAAAAGUAUUGAGUCAAAAACAAACAAUUGAAUAUUUAAAUGUUGCAAGUUGUGAAUUUCAUAAAAAUGGAUUGGCAUUAUUGACAAAUCUUGUUAAUCUUAAAUAUUUAAAUUUAGAAAAAGUAUUUGAAACUGAUGAUCAAUUUUUGAUUAAUUUAUCAUCAAAAUGUCAAAAUAUUGAAAAUUUAAAUGUAAAUCAUUGUAUUAAAUUAUCUGACAAAGGUGUCAGUGAAUUGGCUAAAUUGCCAAAGCUAGAAAUAUUAUUAAUAAGUAAUAUGACUGAUGAUGUUACUGAUGCACCAUUUGGAAGAAUGAAAAUGCUUAAAACAUUAGAAUGUGAAUAUUCACUUGGAAUACAUGAUUCUGGUAUUAUUAGAUUAUUAAAAAUUGCUGGUAAUCUUAGCAGACUUUCUUUAGCUGGUACAUCAAUAACAAAUGAAACAAUAAUAAAUGCAGCAAAUAUAACUAAAAAACGUCAAAAUAAUGUCAAAUUAAAUCUUUGUGUUGAUCGCACAGUUAUUAAUGACUAUGAUAAAGCUGAAAAUUUAUCACCAUUGUUAAUUAUUGAAAUAAGAUCAUCAAAAUAUCAUGAUAGUGAUGAUGAUGAUGAUGAUGAUGAGGAGGAGGAUUAUGAUUUUUGGGAUGACGAUGAUGAUGAUGAUGAUUAUUAUGAUGAUGAUUCAGAUAAUUUUGAUGAUGACGAUGAGGAUUACGGUGGUUUUUAUGCCAUUGGUUUGUUAGGCCAUCAAUUAGGAAUAUAAAAAAAUUAAUAAGUAUUUUCAUUGUAUCAACUUCAAAGCCCAAAGAACAUCUUCAAGUAUAUCUUAAAAUUAUGAAGACAAAAAACAAUGAAUCAACUGUUAAGCACAGUUGUUUUUUGUUUUUUUUUUUUUUUGCUUAAACAGUGCCAAUGAAAUUUAACUCUUUAUUAUUAUUUUUUUUUUAACUACGAAAAUAUUUUUUUGCUUUGUUAGCUUCAUUGUUCAAUAUUCUGCUAUUAAUCUAGAAGCUAUUUUUUUAUUUACUCUUUUUUUUUACUUUAUUCAUACUUGUUUGAUAUUUUUUUAAAAAAACAAAUACGAUUGUUUAAAUAUUGUAUUUACUGGUUGUUAUUUAAAAUAA